AUGCGGCGCGCAGAGUGGAUCAGGAAUGAAUAUACCGUGUGCAAACGAUUGUGUUUUCUCUUGCGCCAUGCGCCGAGUAGUCGGGACUUGCCAAUUCGGCGGGAUGGCUAUGUCUGUGCUCUCCACUUGUUGGCGCAGCCGGAGCUGAAGGGCAUAAAGUGGUCGCAAUUGCUAUUCAUUAUCCGAACAAAUUAUAAACAGCGCUUUGGUACUGCCAUUCAGUUGCAGCACUUGCGCACUCGCACGUACCGAAAACAAGCCGCUGAACUGAGUGUCGUGAGCAACGCCUCCGACGUAGAUGAACUGACUGAGUCUGAGGCUGGCGAUCCCCCACCCGCCUGUCAGGACAAAUGUGUCCUUGAUACGUGUGUGCUAGACAUGCCUAUCCAGGAGGCGUCGAACACGCCUGUUCUGGACACCGUGGAGGGGUCUACGCCGCUGCGCACACUCUACACCCCCGCCGCCGUCGCCGACCCAUCACAAAUAGCUGACGAGUUAGCGGCUGACGAGUUAGCGGCUGACGAGCCAGCGGCUGACGAGCCAGCGGCUGACGAGCCAGCGGCUGACGAGCCAGCGGCUGACGAGCUAACGGCUGACGUUCCGGAAGCGGGAAUUCCGGUCAGCCCUGUGUGUUCGCCGCAACCAUUUCCAGCAGGGCUCCGCAGGCACACUCCCGGGGACUGCGCAGACCACAGCGCGGCUGGUCUUCGAAGACCCGCCACCUGCUGGAAAGGUGCUCUUUCCAGAGGCGCUCUCUAUAGACGCGCCCUCACAACCACUCAGAGUGGUGACGAAUGCCUCCUCCUUCCAGACCGAAUGUUGGAGCUAGUGCAAGACGGGAAAGUCCAAGACGGGAAAGUCCAAGACGGGAAAGUCCAAGACCGGAAAGUCCAAGACGGGAAAGUCCAAGACCGGAAAGUCCAAGACGGGAAGGUCGCAAUGGCAGCUGUCUACGGCGCCGGGAACAGCCCUCGUGGACUGGAGCGCGACGGCCUGCAACAGUCCGGCGGCCAAGAGUUGGGGGGAAAUCACUUCAGCGCAGACGAAAAUAACCGCCAUCAAAGACCGUUUCAAAGCAAACGGAGAGGGUCCGCGUCUGGAGUGAUAUCCUCUUUGCCUCCGGUCGUGACUCAGAACGGCGGAGAUGACGACGCCGAAGAGGAGACCGUGCUAUAUCAAGAAGUCGACAAUGGCAAUGCUGAGUUCAACCGUGUCAUCGUACCCGAUCGCCCUCAUGAUCGCUCUCAUGAUCGCUCUCAUGAUCACUCUCUUGAUCGCUCUUACGUUCGGCCCGAUCAUAUUUGCUCUCGACUGGUCACCCCAGAGUGGUGUGCUGAGCCGGACUAUAAGAGAUGUUUUGAGUUCAUCCGUCGUCUAAAGCGUUGUAAUGGAGAAGCGGAGGACAAGUCUCGUAGUCCGGCCUACCGACGAAUAAACUCUAUCAAGCAUUUGGAGGGCCGGUUUGAUUGCGAUGACGGAAACGAUUCUUCGUCUGCGGAUGAGUCUAACGAAGGUGCGAAGGCCUCGCAGUUGUCAGUCGGAGAUUUUACAUUGAGAGAGGUGUCUGUCUGGGACUCCCGUUUGGACUACGCCAAGGACUUGUCAAGCAUUUGGGUUCGAGCUUUCCAAGGUCACAGUGUGAAAGAGGUGGAUGUAGAGCUGCUGUGCGAAAAGAUUACCCGAGCCAAUAUAGACCGACUUAUUCCUCUCUGCACUCAAUGCAAUGGUUGCCCCGAGUGCUCACCCGCCCCCCAUCACCAACCCGACGACAACUUGCUACAAGACAGUCUGUUAGGGGACAGGCGUCAUCUGGUACCAACUUGUGUCCACGGUACAACGUAUUCUAAUUGGAAGCUCAUCAGGCAAUAUGGACUUAGUCGAAUGCGAAGAUCCCACAUUCAUUUUGCUAAGGGAUUGCCUGAUGAAUUGAUGCAACAACGGCUACUAAACACCACUAACGACUUUACCGAGUCUGUUCAUAUUAGACAAAAUAGUGAGGUCGGUAUCUACAUCAACCUCUUAAAAUGUAUUGAUAGUAACAUCCCGUUCUAUCUCACUAAAAACCAUAUCCUGAUUUCACCAGGUAACUCUCAAGGCAUCAUCCCUCCUCACCACAUACUGAGAGUCAUAGACAUCAAAUCCAAGAAGCCUGUCGUAGAUAGUAAACAGUAA